AUGUUGAGGAUCGUGAGUCAGAUCAAAUCGAAUUUGCAAUAUGUGCCAUUGAAAGAUGUCAAUAUCGAAGCAACCAUCGGUUCAUUCGCUGCAGACGUAACUGUUACACAAAACUUUCGCAAUGACACCAAAGUUCCCAUCGAAGCAAUCUACUAUUUUCCGAUUGAAGAACAAGCAGCGAUUUAUAAAUUCACCGCUCGCAUCGAUGAUCGAGAAAUUGUGGCACAGUUAAAAGUGAAAAGAGAGUUCCAUCAUGGUCAUUACGAGAAACAUCCAAACGGUUAUUUAUUGGAACAAGAUGAAAAUUGUCAAGAUAACUUUAUUAUCAAUAUCGGUACAUUAGCACCGUCGAAAGAUUGUACAAUUUUGAUAUCGUAUGUGACAGAAUUGGAUCUCAUACAAGGAUCGAUUAUCCGCUUCGUUAUUCCGGCGACGAUUGUCUCUCGAUAUAAUCCACAAAAGAACGGACUGCAGACAAAAUCGAAAUUCGUCCAAUCGAAUCCAUAUGGAAUUCAUUUUCGUUGUCGAGUGGAGAAAUUGAAAGGGCCCAAACAGGAACUAUACAUAGCCCGAUUAACGUCUCCCUCUCACCAGAUCGACAUUGAUCUUUCUAAUCCGGAUAUGUAUUUAAUUACAUUCGAUCAAGCGAAUAUGUAUCUAGAUCGCGACAUAUUGAUUGAUGUUAAACUAACGCAUACACGAGAGAAUACAUUCGUUGUUGUGGAAUCUGGUGCUGUCAUGGCUGCAGUAACGCCGUUUGAAGAAGACUGUUAUGUCAAUUUAGAUAAUACCCAAACAAAUGAAUUUAUCUUUAUCGUUGAUUGUAGCAGUUCAAUGAGAAAUGAGAAUAAGAUUGGUUUAGUACGAGAAGCGAUGUUAUUCUUCUUGGAAAAUUUACCACAGAAUUGUUAUUUCAACAUUAUUAAAUUCGGAGCAAGAUAUACUUGUUUAUUCAAUGAAUCUGUUGCUUUCUAUAAUAACAUUCAUAUACGUAUCGCAACGAAGUUCAUCAGUCAAAUAAGAGCAGAUCUAGGCGGAACAGAGAUGCUUGCUCCGCUACAAUGGCUUGAACGCCAUCCUCCUCGUCCGAACCGUUUCCGUCAAGUAUUUCUCGUCACUGAUGGUCAAGUUUCAAAUGUUUCCGAAAUCUUAGAACUAUGUCGAUCGAUGGCUUCGUCAACACGAAUCUUUUCAUUUGGAUUAGGUGCGACGCCUAGUCGAUCGCUUGUCAAGGGUCUUGCACGAACAACAAAUGGUCGCGCUGUCUUUAUCCCACCGAACACAGGUAUUGAGGAAUAUGUUAGUGAACAGUUACAGAAAGCCAUCCGACGAUGUAUAACUAAUGUUCGUGUCCAAUGGAAUCUUGGUAUCGACGUCGAAAGCAUUCCAAAUCAAUUACCUCAGGCAUAUUUGAAUGAUCGAUUGAUCAUUUACGCAUUAGCAAAUAACCAGUCGAUCCCAUUGACAUCAAAAUCAUCGAUUGAAAUCCGUACGGAUCAAAGUUAUUAUCGACUGGAUAUAGCGGAUUCGGACCGAAUUAGAACGACGAAUCAAAUGAUAGAGCGUCUGGCAGCAAAAGCAUUGAUAUUGCAACUAGAACAUAAUAAAUAUUCAUCAACCAAUUCGAAGACAGUCAGGUUUCAGCAUAUCGAUGACGAGAAAAAUUUUGCCGAAAAUCAAGUUCUUGGGACAAAACAACAACGAAAACAACGCAUCAUUGACUUAUCAUUGAAAUAUAACAUUCUCAGUCCGUAUACUGUUUUCAUUGGUAUUGAAAAAUAUCUUACACGUACUACUUCACAUGAAAUACCCAUCGAAAUAUCCGUGCAGUCUCUUAUUCACACAGUUGAUCGAUCGAUUGAAGACAGUAUGCCACCAUUCCGUUACACUACUAGUACUUGUUUUGACUCUUCUUUAUUACACGAUUCACAUGCCGAUCAACAUGAAAGUAUUGCAUCGAUAAAUUCAGUAAGUGCUAUUGAUCAUCUAAUACAAAACCAAACCGCAGAUGGUCUAUGGUAUUUUCCUUCGAAUAGUGAGUUAAUCGAAGAUUUAACUGGAAAACCACUAGCUGCUUUCAAAACAUCUGAUCCGUAUCUUGAUCAAUCGAUCGUUGUUGCAGCAAUUAUAGUGGUUCAACUCGAAUCGAAGUUUGCUGCUUUACGCUCAGUAUGGGAAAACAUGGUUGAAAAAGCUCGAAGACGACUGAUCGAUUUAUUGCACAAUGACUGGAAAGAAAUAGUGAUUUUAUUUCGAGAUAUUCGAAUGUCGUUAAAUCAAUAG